AUGCAUCGUGUACGGAUUUUCGAAAAUAUUCGUGGAUCACGAGAUGCUCAACAUAAAAGAGAAAGUUUAUUUAUUACGAUUAUUCGACCUAUUAUUGUUGAAUUCGUAGGAACUUUUCUAUUAGUUACGUUCGGUUUAUGGGGUGGAUGUAGUACUUCAGGAAAUAUUAUUCAAGGAGCUUUCUCUUUUGGAUGUACAUUAAUGGUACUUUUAGCAAGUUUUGGUCAUAUUAGUGGUACACAUCUUAAUCCAUGUGUUACAUUAGGAGUAUUUAUUGCUGGAGAAAUUCGAUACUAUUUAGCUAUAAUUUAUGUUAUAAUGCAAAUAAUUGCAGGUAUUGGAGCAGCUGGUCUCGUACGUUUAUUAGUUUCUCGUGAUUCUUAUACACAAUGUCAUGGAGGUGCAACUUUGUUAAACAAAAUUGACAUGAUAGAAUGGUGGCAGGGUUUAAUUAUUGAAUUUUUUAUUACAUUUUUGUUUGUCACUGUUAUAUUACUGGUAGCACUUGAUACAAAAUCUAAAACUGGUCUAGCACCUUUAUUAAUUGGAUUUACAUUAGUUGGAAAUAUUCUUACUGCAGGAUCAUAUACUGGUGCAAGUUUGAAUCCAGCUCGUUCUUUAGGUCCAGCUAUAGUAGCUAAUCAAUGGGCAGAUCAUUGGAUCUAUUGGAUUGGACCUUUGCUCGGUGGUACGAUAGCUGGUAUUGCAUAUCGUUUUAUAUGGGCACAUCAAGAUCGUCGAUGGCCAAAACCAAAAUCAAAAAAAUUAAAUGAAGCAUCUGUUACAGCACCUAUCCUUUAG